AUGGAUGCCUCCUCGGUCGAUGACGAUCCCAUCGUCGCCUCGUACAACCUUUUGCUCAACCCCGCCCUGCCGCAGGGUCGCAAGCUAUGGGUCCUCCAGCAGCCGAACACAACGAACCCCGACCAGGCCCCUCCCACCGAGAUGCGCCUCAAGUCCAUGGCCGGCAUGGUCGAGGUGGACAUCCCCCUCGACUACCAGCGCGGCUAUGAUCGUGACAAGGGCAUGCACUGGGGCCGCCACCUCAAGAACUCCCUCGUCAGCAAGAACGGCGGCACCCACGGCCUGUCCGGCGGUUUCGGCGUCGGCGCGGCGCCCCCGCGGCAGAAGAAGCGCCAGGACGACCGAGACGACGAUCUCUUCCUCGACUGGAGCGAGGCCGUCCGCCAGGACAAGGUGCUGCGCACCCAAACAAUGGGCGGCACGUGCCCGGACUCGAAGGAGGUGCAGUACAUGAUUGGCGUCUUCCAAGGUGAGGACGUACACCUGACGCCCGUCUCCAACCUCGUGCAUCUCCGCCCGCAGCUCCACCACAUCGACGCCGUGACGUACCAGGAGCGCAACUCCUCGGCGGCCGCCAGCAAGGAGAACGGCGCUACCGCAGGCGGCGGCGCCGCGGCCGCCAAAGCGAUUCACAUGACCAUCAAGCAGAGCGGCGACGGCAGCGCGGCGCAAAGCGACACCAUGCUCGACCGGCUGCGGUCCGUGCAGGCGGAACACUGGCGGAAACUCAAGUACACGGACGAAAACGACGAGGCUGCCUGGGAGGUCUACAACGAAAGCCUUCACCUCCGCGACCGGGGCGCCAAGAACGGCGCUGCUGCUGCCCCUGGAAAGGAUCUCGACGAUGACCUCGACGAAGACGGCGGCUCGGAGAAGGGAUCGCGUGACAAGGGAAAGGACAAGGCGGACCCGGGAGAGGAGGACGAGGGGGAGGGGAAAGAAGGAGACGAAAAGGCGAGCAAGGCGGUCGAGACUUUGAGCAUUGCGGAAAACGCCUCCAAGCUCGGCACCGACUGGAACGACGAGGACCUGCUGGAGGCUGUCAGUGGCAUUGUCAAGCCCAAGCCCAUCUCCAAGGAAGAGCAAAAGCGGGCGGCCGAGGAGGCUGCGGCUGCACAGGCGGCUGCCGAAGCGGCAGCCAGAGCCAGACCCCGUGCCAGGGGUGGUGCUGUAGCACGUGGCCGUGGACGGGGCAGAGGUGCUACGACUCGUGGUGCUUGA